UUUUCUUUUGUCCUCUUUCUCUCUUGCAUCUGUUUUUCCUUUGAUUGUAUCCGUUGUGUAAUUUCAUAUUCAAUCAUGGGUUUGCACUUGAGAAUAGACUGUUUCCAUGUGCCCACCUUCACCUCUCAUCCACCGUGCUUCAUCUUUUUCCCCAAACCUAUUGCCUGUCCCUGAAAUGGACUUGCUUUCAGACAUUUCCGAGGAAGACCCCUUUGGGGAGGCUGACCAGAUCACACUAGACAGCUUAGAGCACCUUUCCACAGGUGAAACAUCCGAGCAGGGGGAUUCUGAAGUUGCUAUGCCUGAUUUGGUCUUGGAUUCUGCCAUGGCCCCUUCUCAGCCUGAAUGCCCUUCUCCCAUCCAUGGGAAGACUCUUAAAGCAGCUGACAACAGUGAUUCUGAGUUUGGUUACUUCUCCUUCAGUUUCUCCAAAUGUUUUCCCUCUGGCUUCCCCUCCCUUCUUGAUGAAGAUGGGUAUCUUGCUUUCCCCAGCCUCCCCAAGGUCUGGGUCUCCUUCCUCCCCGCUGGUGUGCAGCACUAUGUCCCAAUCACCUCCCCUUCAUUCAUUCCUUCCCUUAUCCUCAUCUUUGGGCUACUUCUGUCUGCUUCUCAGUCAGUUCCUUUUUCUCUUGCCUUUUCCCUUCCUCUGGCUCUAUGCCUCUGCUGUCUGGAGGCUAAAGCUGCCUCCUUUAAUGUUUCUUAUGACUGUGACUUGAAUGACAAACUAGAGGAAGAGGAAGUAGUUGCUGGCAUGCCCACAUAAGUUCAGUUUGUGGAGUCAACACAAUACACUUUAUCUUAAACCCUUCCUAAUAUAGAGUGUAAAUGUGUGCAUACAUUUCACCACUGAUUACCCUCAACAAAGUAGUACCUGCACAUUUUCACACACACAAUGUUUUAGUGCAUGAGAAAUAAGUGUAGACACUUCUCCUUCAUUGAUACCAUUGACCAGGUCCACACAUUCUAAGUUUAGAGCAAAAUUGUAGGAUUAUUUUACAAAUAUCUAGCUCAAACUAGAUUUGUAACAGAAGGUGUGGGGGAGGAGGGAACCUGUAUUGCCCAUAACAAUCCAUGCAGGGUCUCUCCAUUUUGCAAACAGAUAUUAAUGCUCUUCCUUUAGGAUGGAACAUUUUUGUUUUGAUAUAGAGCUUAGGAUGCAGUGGACAUAACUGUUCUUGAUGUGUAUUAGUAGAAUUCCUUAGUACUGUUAUUUCUCUUGUUGGAAACCCAGAUGUGUUCUUGCAUCUAUGAGGAUGUAUCUGUAACCUUUACUCCUGAUAUUUGUAAGUCUCAUCUCAAAAGCUCCUAAUCUCCCUAUUAUUGUAGUAUUUGGAGACCAGAAGAAUUUUAGCUAGUUUUUUUUUCUAACCUUAAAUUAUGUAAUUAUAUAUAAGAGUCACUCUAGGGUAUUUUAUAAGGAAGGUACUAUUCUGUUGUCUUUAACAAAUGUAUGUGAAAAGUGAAACAUAGCUUUUUGAAUAUUUAGACUAUAUAACACUAAGAUUGGUCCUCUUAGUGCUCCUUUAUUUAAAUAGGUGUUUGGUUUGAGGAUUUUUACCCCUAUAUAAGGCAAUUUUUUUUUCAAGUAACCUACCUCUGUGCUACUAAGUCAGCAUUAACAUGCACAAUAUAUUUUUGAUUAUUUUGUUAAAUGUGGCCUGGUGAUUUAGUGUCUCAUAUUCUGUGGACACUACCACUACACAGAGUAAAUCACAAAAUUUAGAGCAAACCUAAAGAACAAUGUAAAGAUAAUGCUGUGAGUGUGCAUUGUAGGAGAAACCACAAUUGUUAAAAAGUUUACCUGAGGAAUAUCAAAGAUCAACAUUUUAGGGAAUUAAGUGUUGACCAAGGAGUUGGAAGAUGUUUCUUAACAGAUGAUUGAAUGUCUCAUUUUUCACAUCUGAUAAAGACUCUGAGCUCCUUGCUUACCUUUGAAAAAUACUAUGAAUGGUUAAAAAGGAAAGCCUUUUGAACUCUCAGAUUUAACACUAUCAUCCUAAUAAAGAAGGAAAAGGAUAUAUAUUAGGAAUUAACCAGUAAAGGUUAAAUGAUUUGCCUUUGAUAAGGGAGUCAAUAUUUGUAUUCUCACCAUUUUUUCCAUUGAGUCAAAAUUCAGUCAGUGCUUAUUAGUUUUAAACUUCUACAUUCAUUCUUUUGAAUCAUCAGAUAUUGAGAAAUGUCCAACUAUGAAAAGUUGUUCUUGUUUAAAGAAUUUUAUGUAAGUGGUUAUAUUUCAAAGAUUAUUUUAAAAUACCCACCAUUUUAGUAUGAAACUAGUUAAACAAGCCAAUCCCCCACCCCCAGCCAGGAAAGAAAUCCAUAUUUAACAAACUGAAUCAUAGGUUGAACAUUUGUUCACCAAUAUAAAGCUAAAAACAAAUUUAACAUCAUUAUGCUUUACCCCAUCACUAGUUGCUUUAGACAUUUCAAAUUAGAACAGAUUGAAUUAUGCCAUUUUUGCACUCUCAUAUUUUUGUUCCUGAGUACAAAAUAUUCAAAAGCAGAGCAUAAUCUAGGGACUGAGAAAGAGUGAAGCUUCCAUCCUCCAUUCCACCUUUGCAAAGGAUCAUUUCCAUCAUUGGUACAACACUGUAGGUGAAGAAAGACCAAAGUGGCUUAAUAUGCUGCAUCUUCUGAGGGCCUCCCAAUAAAGGUUGGUAACACUGAUUCACCAUUUAAGUUCAAAUACAACUUCUUUGCACUGAUGGUAGAGUUUCCACUAAUACUCGCCUUCUUUCUGGCCGUUUGCUGUGUGACUUUUCAGGCGAAGAUGGAAGAAGAGGAAACACAGCUGGAAGAGGUGGCUGAGUUUUCCCUAAAGUUAAACAUCUCAUGGCUGCUGCCUGCCAUUAGUAUUGUGGGGGGAGGGUCCACUCUCAGGGUUUAUUUGUGAGUUGUGCUUGUUGUGGCUUUAAGUUCAUAAGAUUUGUAUUCCUCUUUUAUUUUAAUGUCUUAGACUGUCGAACUCUGGGUCGUUUUGGUGCUUGCUGAUUGAUACACUUAUGUUUAUUUGCC